CAAUUGGCUGAUGAAGUAACAAAUGAAAAGUAAUCUAACUCCACUGACCCGCUUAACCCUGGAUGAGAACAAUGGAAAGGAGUAGCCUUUUGCUUUGAAACAGUGGAACAGCCUGAGAAAAUGGCAUGUAACAUACCUAACCAAAGACAGCGGACUAUGUCUACAUCUGGAGAAGCUCUAUAUGAAGUCCUUGGUCUGCAAAAGGGAGCAUCAAAUGAAGAAAUAAAGAAAACUUACAGAAAGCUGGCCUUGAAACAUCAUCCAGACAAGAAUCCAGAUGAUCCAGCUGCUGCUGAAAAGUUUAAAGAAAUCAACAACGCCCACACAAUACUUACCGACAUGUCAAAGAGAAACAUAUAUGACAAGUAUGGAUCACUGGGACUCUAUGUGGCUGAGCAAUUUGGAGAUGAAAAUGUUAAUACCUACUUCAUGCUGUCAAGCUGGUGGGCAAAGACCCUGUUUGUCAUCAUUGGACUCUUUACUGGCUGUUAUUUUUGCUGCUGCCUGUGCUGCUGUUGCAACUGCUGCUGUGGACGCUGCCGGCCCAAAUCAUCAGUGCCAGAAGAGGACUUUUAUGUGUCCCCAGAGGAUCUUGAGGAGCAGAUCAAGACCGACAUGGAAAAAGAUGUGGACUUUCCAGUUGUUCUCCAGCCUACAAAUGCAAAUGAGAAAACACAGCUAAUCAGAGAAGAACCUCGAAGUUAUUGCACAGACUCUUAAUAUUGAGACCACUGAGGGUCCACAAUACAUCUUCUUGGUUCAACCAUGUCUCCAGAUGGUCAUGGGGGGGGCAGGGUAGGGGGCAUGAAAUGCUGUGAACUUUUCCACAUUUGUAUUUUAUUUUUUAGGUUAGGGAAAGAUGAUUGCUACAUAAUUUUCUCAGUAAGCAGUCUCACUCUUUGAGUAGAAUUCCUAAUGAAACACAUUCCAUUUUGAUGAAUAAAAGCCUGAAGAGUUAUUUUAUGCUCCUUGCAUGAGGUAAGACAGUAGUACUGGACAGGCUUCAUGAGCCUGCCCUUUAUGUGACCCAGACCUAAUUCCUUACUGUAGUAUUCCAAACAGAAGCCACUUUUCAUCUAUUUAACUGAAUUGCAAUAUUCCUAUCUGCCACAAAUAUCAUCAGCAAAACAUAUAUGAGAAUUUAAGAGGAAUCUUGUGUAUGUGUAGAGACUUUUCCCUGUCAAUAUUCAAUAUGGCUAGAAAAAUAUUUCAAGAGGCAGGAAGAAAUUAUUAGGUAAAAAAGACAAAUCACUUAAUUUUGAAGUAUAUCUUUGAAAGAUUAAAAACUGUCAUUUGCUAGAAAUUGUUGAGUAAAACCAAGAAGAAAGGUUUUGUGUGUACUUUUAGAUUGGCACAAAAACAAAAACAAAAUAUCAGCCUGGUUAAGUUUAUGGUUUUUCUGGAUCCAGAAAAAUUCCCAAAUCAGCCCUAAAAAUGUGUUGACCAUUUUUUUAAGUAAAAAUAAUUUUUCUACAACUGACCUAAAUUAGACAAAGUGAGGAAAAGAAACAUAUAGGGUAAAAGGUAGAAUUCUGAAUUCUACAGCCUAACUUUAGACUUAAAGGCAUAUCAUUUACCCCUUUUUGGGUGGGAUUAAUUACACUGAUCAGAAAGUGCUCAGCUCUGUGCAUGUUGAACAAUUAAGCUCAAAGGUCAUGUCUGCAUUUACUGUUUGAUCUUUAUAUUCAUUAUGUGAUCAAAACCAUGUGCUAAAACCAUGUUCUAAAAUAGUACAGAAAGUGUUUGUUUUUUCUUGGUUCUUUAUAUAAUAUUGCAGCUUUCAAGAUCUUAUUAUGUUUUUAUAUAAUACUGCAUUAAAUGCCAUUUUCUUUCUCUGUUUCUUAUUCUCCUCUA